CCAGCAAUUGAACCAUCGUUAAAGUCAGUGACAGCCGAAGAGGCAAACGUCAUUAGGCACAAAAUUGCAGCAGUACUACUGAACCAGAAGCCAAAUGCGCCGAAUAUAAAUAAAAAAGAGCAAAUGGCAUUAAGACAACUACAGCAAGAUAAGUCAAUUGUAAUUACAAGAGCAGAUAAAAGGCAAUAUCACAGUUGUCAUGAACUCUGCAGAUUACGAAAAGAAGGCCAUUGAUCAUCUUAAUGAUGGACCUUAUGAAAAAUUCAACGCGAAUAAGUCAAGAGCGACAUUAAAUAAGCUGAAGGCUGAAACAAGCAAAAUGCUACAGUCAAUAAAAGAAAAGCUCGGUGUAUCACUUUGGUUUACUCUGGCUCCAAAAAGUUGCAGCCCCUGUAGAUUUUAUGGGUUACCAAAAAUACACAAACCAGAAGUACCAUUACGUCCAGUAGUGGAUUUUACUAACUCUCCAACAUACAAACUCUCAAAAUACAUUUAUCGAAUUCUUAGCCCAUAUGAAAUGAAAGUGGAGCAUGGAGUGAAAAAUUCGUAUGAAUUUAAGAGGAAAAUAAAUUUGACUAAUAUUGAAGAAGAUGAAAUAAUGGCAAGUUUCGAUGUUUAUUCAUUAUUCACGAAUGUACCCGUUAAUGAUUCUUUAAGUAUUAUUUAUAAUUUACUUUGUGCUGACGACGAACUCAGUGAUCGUUGUCCUUUAAAUCCCGACGAAAUUAUGAAGGUAUUAGAACUGUGUCUUAAAUCCACGUUAUUUACGUUCAGAGGGGUUCUUUAUCGUCAAAUAGGAGGCAUUGCUAUGGGAUCACCAGUAUCUCCGCUAGUCGCCAAUCUGUUUAUGCACUCAUUAGAAACAAAUGCAAUUAUGAGAUGCCUUAGUCCCCCAAAGGUGUGGUUAAGAUACGUAGAUGAUACCUUCAUCAUAACCAAACGUAGAUUGUUAAAUGAACUUUUUCAGUUAAUAAACAAUAUGUCAGAAACCAUCAAGUUCUCCAAAGAGGUUGAAUCCGAUGAAAAUGAGUUGGCGUUUCUGGACUGUUUAGUAAAAAGAAAAUUAGACGGAAAAUUUAAAAUAAACAUUUUCAGAAAGCCGACAAAUUCGGAUAGAUACCUAGAUUAGCAUUCAGCUCACCCAUUUACCACCAAAGUAACUGUGGCCAAGAAUCUGAUCAACAGAGCCAAACGUCUAGUUACUGAGGAGGAAGAUAUUAACGAGGAACUGAAAUUGGUCCAAUCCACUCUUGAGUCAAAUAAUUAUCCUAAAGCCUUCAUAAAAAGAUAC